GUCACGUGGCUCCUUCCUUUCCGUCUCUGGCCGGCUGGGCGCGGGCGACUGCUGGCGAGGCGCGUGGACUCUCGCGCUCGUUCCCCUUCGUCUUUUCUCCCGGCCGGGGCCGCUAGGGAGUUCGCUGACGCCGGGUGAGCCGCGCCUGCCGCCAAGAUGCCGGCCUAUUUCCAGAGGCCGGAAAAUGCCCUCAAACGCGCCAACGAAUUUCUUGAGGUUGGCAAAAAGCAGCCUGCUCUGGAUGUUCUUUAUGAUGUUAUGAAAAGUAAGAAACAUAGAACAUGGCAAAAGAUACACGAGCCGAUUAUGUUGAAAUACUUGGAACUUUGCGUGGAUCUUCGUAAGAGCCACUUGGCUAAGGAAGGAUUAUAUCAGUAUAAGAACAUUUGUCAGCAGGUGAACAUUAAAUCUUUAGAGGAUGUUGUUAGGGCAUAUUUGAAACUGGCAGAGGAAAAAACUGAAGCUGCUAAAGAAGAAUCCCAACAGAUGGUAUUAGAUAUAGAAGAUCUGGAUAAUAUUCAGACUCCUGAGAGGUAUGAAUUAAUGCUCAAGAUGAGUUUGGUGAAUCUUGUUAACAUGGCAAAUCUUAAUAAAACCUCAAGUACUCAAGCCAGUAGUGGAAAAUGCCUAAUAUGUUUGUCAAUUAUGCUUGUAGCAUUUAAAUUCUGCCUCCAGUACACCCGUAAGGCUGAAUUCCGUAAGCUGUGUGACAAUUUGAGAAUGCACUUAUCACAGAUUCAACGCCACCAUAACCAAAGUACAGCAAUCAAUCUCAAUAAUCCAGAGAGCCAGUCCAUGCAUUUGGAAACCCGGCUUGUUCAGUUGGAUAGUGCUAUCAGCAUGGAACUGUGGCAGGAAGCAUUCAAAGCUGUGGAAGAUAUUCACGGACUAUUCUCCUUGUCUAAAAAACCACCCAAGCCUCAGUUGAUGGCAAAUUAUUAUAACAAAGUCUCAACUGUGUUUUGGAAGUCCGGAAAUGCUCUUUUUCAUGCAUCUACACUCCAUCGUCUUUACCAUCUAUCUAGAGAAAUGAGAAAGAAUCUUACACAAGAUGAGAUGCAAAGAAUGUCUACCCGAGUCCUUUUGGCUACUCUGUCCAUCCCUAUAACCCCUGAGCGUACUGACAUUGCUCGACUUCUGGAUAUGGAUGGCAUUAUAGUUGAAAAACAACGUCGUCUUGCAACAUUACUAGGUCUUCAAGCCCCACCAACACGAAUUGGCCUUAUUAAUGAUAUGGUCAGAUUCAAUGUACUACAAUAUGUUGUCCCAGAAGUAAAAGACCUGUACAACUGGCUGGAAGUAGAAUUUAACCCAUUAAAACUCUGUGAGAGAGUCACUAAAGUUUUAAAUUGGGUUAGGGAGCAACCUGAAAAGGAACCAGAGUUGCAACAGUAUGUGCCUCAACUGCAGAACAACACCAUACUCCGCCUUCUACAGCAGGUGGCACAGAUAUAUCAGAGCAUUGAAUUUUCUCGUUUGACUUCUCUGGUUCCUUUUGUUGAUGCUUUCCAACUGGAACGGGCCAUAGUAGAUGCAGCCAGGCACUGUGACCUGCAGGUUCGUAUUGACCACACUUCUCGGACCCUGAGUUUUGGAUCUGAUUUGAAUUAUGCUACCCGAGAAGAUGCACCAAUUGGUCCUCAUCUGCAGAGCAUGCCUUCAGAACAGAUAAGAAAUCAACUCACAGCCAUGUCCUCAGUGCUUGCAAAGGCACUUGAAGUCAUCAAGCCAGCUCAUAUACUGCAAGAGAAAGAAGAACAACAUCAGUUGGCAGUGACUGCGUACCUUAAAAAUUCACGGAAAGAACAUCAGCGUAUAUUGGCUCGCCGGCAGACAAUUGAGGAAAGGAAAGAGCGGCUUGAGAGUCUUAAUAUUCAGCGUGAGAAAGAGGAAUUGGAACAAAGGGAAGCUGAACUUCAGAAAGUACGCAAGGCUGAAGAAGAGAGACUGCGCCAGGAGGCAAAAGAGAGGGAGAAGGAGCGGAUCUUACAAGAACAUGAACAAAUCAAAAAGAAAACUGUUCGUGAGCGAUUGGAGCAGAUCAAAAAGACAGAGCUGGGUGCCAAAGCAUUCAAAGAUAUUGACAUUGAAGAUCUUGAAGAAUUGGAUCCAGAUUUUAUCAUGGCUAAACAGGUUGAACAACUGGAGAAAGAAAAGAAGGAACUUCAAGAACGGCUGAAGAACCAAGAAAAGAAGAUUGACUAUUUUGAAAGAGCUAAACGUUUGGAAGAAAUUCCUUUGAUAAAGAGUGCUUAUGAGGAACAAAGGAUUAAAGACAUGGAUCUGUGGGAACAACAAGAAGAAGAAAGAAUUACUACUAUGCAGCUGGAGCGGGAAAAGGCUCUUGAACACAAGACUCGAAUGUCUCGAAUGCUUGAAGACAGAGAUUUAUUUGUGAUGCGACUCAAAGCAGCGCGGCAGUCAGUUUAUGAGGAAAAACUUAAACAGUUUGAAGAGCGAUUAGCAGAAGAAAGACAUAAUCGUUUGGAGGAGCGAAAGAGGCAACGUAAAGAAGAGCGCAGAAUAACUUACUAUAGAGAAAAAGAGGAGGAGGAGCAGAGGAGGGCCGAGGAGCAAAUGCUGAAAGAGCGAGAAGAAAGAGAGAGAGCUGAGCGUGCCAAACGUGAGGAAGAGCUUCGAGAAUAUCAGGAGCGUGUCAAAAAACUAGAAGAAGUAGAAAGGAAAAAACGUCAAAGGGAGUUGGAAAUUGAAGAGAGAGAACGCCGCAGAGAAGAGGAGAGAAGACUUGGCGAUGACCCACUUUCUAGGAAGGAUUCUCGUUGGGGAGAUAGAGACUCUGAAGGCACGUGGAGAAAAGGACCUGAAGCUGACUCUGAGUGGAGGAGAGGUCCACCAGAGAAGGAGUGGAGACGUGGAGAAGGGCGCGAUGAGGAAAGGCCUCAUCGGAGAGAUGAAGAUCGACCCAGGCGUUUGGGAGAUGAUGAAGAGAGAGAGUCCUCUGUUAGACCAGAUGAUGAUCGGGUGCCUAGGCGCAGCAUGGAUGACGACAGAGGCCCUAGACGUGGUCCUGAUGAAGAUCGCUUCUCUCGUCGUGGAACAGAUGAUGACCGUCCUUCUUGGCGUAAUGCAGAUGAUGACAGGCCUCCCAGACGAAUUGGUGAUGAUGACAGGGGAAGUUGGCGUCAUGCAGAUGAUGAUAGACCACCUAGACGAGGACUGGAUGACGACAGAGGAAGCUGGCGAACAGCUGAUGAGGACAGAGGACCAAGACGUGGAAUGGAUGAGGACCGGGCGCCCAGGCGAGGAGGUGCUGAUGAUGAACGAUCAUCCUGGCGCAAUGCUGAUGAUGAUCGGGGUCCCAGACGGGGCAUGGAUGAUGACCGGGGUCCCAGGCGAGGGUUGGAUGAUGAUCGAGGACCUUGGAGGAAUGCUGACGAUGAUAGAAUUUCCAGACGUGGUGCAGAUGAUGACAGGGGGCCUUGGAGAAACAUGGAUGACGAUCGGAUUCCUAGACGUAAUGAAGAGGAUCGGAUUCCCAGACGAAGUGAAGACUCCAGACCUGGUCCCUGGAGGCCAUUUGUCAAGCCAGGUGGAUGGAGAGAGAAAGAAAAGGCCAGAGAAGAGAGUUGGGGUCCACCUCGAGAAUCAAGGCCAUCAGAAGAACGUGAAUGGGAUAGAGACAAAGAAAGGGAUAGAGACAAUCAAGAUCGUGAGGAGAAUGAGAAAGACCCUGAAAGAGAGAGGGACAGAGAGAGAGAGAGAGAGAGAAUUUUAACAUUUAGGGAUGAAGGUGGCUGGAGAAGAGGACCAGCUGAGGAAUCUUCGAGCUGGAGAGAUUCAAGUCGCCGAGAUGACAGAGAUAGGGAUGAUCGUCGUCGUGAGAGAGAUGAUCGACGUGAUCUAAGGGAAAGAAGAGAUCUCAGAGAUGACAGAGACCGGAGAGGGCCUCCCCUCAGAUCAGAACGUGAAGAAGGUAUGAAUGUUAUUUAUGCUGGAGUGUUGGAGAACAGUCAUUCUGGCAGUUUGGGUUUUAUGUAGUUAUUUUGUAAAUAA